UUUCCCCCAUUUUAUUGACAAUCUUCCCGGUCUAGCCCAACUAGUUUCAUGAUUUCUUCCACUGUGGGAAGGGUUUACUACUCAGCCUAAGAGCCUUCUAUUAUUUCCUCUAGGUGACAGCGAUAUUGUAAAUAAUAUGUAUGAGACAGACCCGGACCUCUUGGCUGGUGAAAGUGCAGAGGAGGAGACCGAGGACAGCAUCAUGUCGCCCAUCCCCAUGGGACCGCCUUCCCCCUUUCCCACCAGUGAGGAUUUUACCCCAAAGGAGGGUUCACCUUAUGAGGCCCCCGUCUACAUUCCUGAUGACAUUCCAAUCCCAGCAGACUUUGAGCUCCGAGAGUCCUCGAUUCCAGGGGCCGGACUGGGAAUCUGGGCCAAGAGGAAGAUGGAAGUUGGGGAACGGCUGGGGCCUUUCAUGACAGUGCCCAGGACCACGCUGAAGGAGACAAACUUUGGAUGGGAGGAAGUACUGACUGAUUCUGAUGUGGUGUCUCAAGAAGGCUGCAUCAAAAAGGUAGGAGAUCUUCCUCUGAUGUGUCACCAUGUGGUACGAUUGUUCUGAUUCUAAGUGGUUUUGAUUCUGUAAGCCCCAGGGCCACAUUUGUGCCGGACAUUACUUGUGCAUAUCUCAGGCAGACAGGGUGCAGGUAAAGGAAACCUGACUUGUCUAUGUGCGUCAACAAAACCAAGAUUUAGGUGUAUUUAUAGGGUAUAUUUCAGUUUAGGGAAUUGAGCAGCUAGGGGAAUCAUUUGCUGCGUGACCUGGAUUCAUCCGAACUGAAGAGGGGUUUUCCUUCUUUGGAACGUGGUGGCUAUUGACUAUUUUAUAGUCAUUAUUGCUAUAUUGAUGUAUGGAUAAUGCUUUUUUAUUUAAAUAGAUAUAUCAGUGAUCUAUAUCCAUCCAUCUAUAUAAUAUGCCCAUAUACAUAUACCUAAUUAAGCAUAUAACCACAGAACAAAAUAUUUUACUUUAUAAACUGGUUCCAAUAGAUUUGCAAGUAUACUGAAAGGAACACAUACAUAUACAUAUAUAUAUGUGUGUACAAUAUAUAUGAAUGGAUAUAUAAAACAGAUAUGGUUUUAGCAACCUGUCUCCUUUAGAAAUCCUAGCGCAUUCAAAGGAAUAUAUCUGUAGGUAUAUAAUGCAGGUCUCUAUGUGUAAAUACAUAUAUAUUUACAUGUAUAUGUGUAUAUAUACACAUAAGUACAUGUGUGGAUUUUAAAAUAUCUUCCAUUAAUUUUGGAAACAAAUGAGUGUGUAUGUCAUCAUUUAUGACUGGAAAUUCAACAAUAGGGCUGGCUAAUCACUUUGUAUGUAGGAGAAGCCAUCAGUUAAAUAAAUCAGCUAUUAAAUUCAGAACCAGUACCAUCCCAGGUCUGUCCAAUAAUCUGUCCAACGUUUGGUAGACUGUUAACCCCAACACAACACAUUGGCUCACAUGGACAGAGAGAUACCUCUCUAAUGGAAAAGGUCCCGCAGGAAUAGUAGAUUCUGGGUGGUUUUAGUAAUUAAGAAGUAGAACAGACUUUUCAUCCAGCUGUUGCUCUGUUUCCUUAAGCAGGAGGAGAGGAUUCUCUCUCAUUUUGGAUUUUCCUUUAUGGUAAAAAAAAAAAAAUGUCAAGAUUCCUAUUGGUUAAGAAAGAAUUCUAGAAUAAAUCAAAAAAAGCCUCAUCCAGAUACUUCUUAUUCAGAUCCCCACUGGGAAGAGUAAUAUAGUCCUGUUUGCAUUAGUGGAUUGACUUUUUGUAAUCAAAUUCCCAUUAAGGGCUAUUUUCUCAAUGUGAGAAUGACUAUUGGAUUUUUCUUGGUCAAAAUGCAUGCUUGAGAAAUGCUGUCACUUAUUUCUGAGCUGGCAACGCCGUCACAGAUUUUGAAUUUGGGCUGAGGCUCUAACGUAGGGACUUGGGAGCCACCUUCUUCACCAUUGCUGAACUGUGAGAGUUAAAAGAAAAUACUUGUGGGGUCCUGCCAAGUGUGAUGAAAUCCUAUCCCCAUUCGGCUCCGCGGCUAACUGGAGAUGAAAUCUUUAGACAUAGCUAUCUGCAGAGGGGAGGACCAGUCUCCUCUGACUAGGUUGAUUCCAAUAGACCUUUAUUUUGGAAAUCGGGUUUCCCACUGGACUCAGUUUCUGGCCAUGCUGUGACCCUCGGAGGGACCUCUAGCAACGGGGGUGAACUUUUUACCUUCUUAUCUCCAUAACUCAUUUGGCAAUGUCUGUGCCUCAGUGGGAUCUUUUUGUCUGAGCAGACAUGGGUGAGAAGGUGACCGAAUAAGUUAUUCUGAUUCUCAUAACCCAGUUAUCCAAAUGAAGUAAAUCCUCCCAUCCGGAUGAGCACUGAGGCCCUUUUUAAGCCCUUGAAAUUAUCUUGAAUUCAUCAUAAUAUAAAAUGAGCCAAAUCUCCUUGCUUCUCUCUCUCUCUCUCUCUCUCUCUCUCUCUCUCUCUCUCUCUCUCUCUCCCCACUUUUCUCCCCAAUUUAUUGUCUGCUUGAAAUUCUAUUUUCUUAAAGGAUGCAAGUUGGAAUUGUUAAGUCGGUAUUUUAUUCUUAUUAAAAAUACUCAAUUUGACUUCUUUUUUCUUUCUCCUGGAAGGGGACUUAAUUCUACACACUUUAAAAGUACACCCACCCCUCCACCUCCAAAAAAAAUAUUGACUUUCCCCACCCUUCAGUCUGGAACACAGCCAUUUAGUCACUUGGAGCAGAGAUCCACUCUGGAACAUUAUGUUGCUGAAGGGCAUUGUUGGGGAGCAGUAACAGAGGUUUAUGAGGUGGUAAAUUUAUGGAGAGAUGGGCAGUAGGCUUUUACGGCCAGGCUAAAAAAGGUCAGAGCUAGAAGGUAAAGAGUUCAAGUCUAAAUGUAAUGGUUUGUGAAGAGACAUUUAGUAGACAGCUUUUCAAGCUAAAAAAAAAAAAAUCAAGUAUAGAAUCAGGAAAAAUUCUCUACUUUUUCCCCUCUUGAAUUCUGUGAUAAUGGUUUAUUUUGGGGAACACUGGGCACAGGAGAUUUUGCCUUUAGCUUUCCAAAAGACAGUUACCCUGAAGAAAUGGUAUUCUUCUAACCACAGAAAGGUGCAUUUGAGGAGACAUCUCAGAGUCUCCUUCUCCACUUCAUAUAUAGUCAUGACGACCUAAGGUAGAGACAGCUAACUGGAAAUCUGGCUACCAUUGAACUCAAACCCUAGAGGAGCUGUGUCUGAAUGAAAAAUUUUCUUUCUAUUCUCCCAUACGCUGCAUAUCAGGUUGGAUGUUAUCUUUAGGACAAUCAGGGUGGAUGUUAUUUUAGGGACAAUGAGCUGGUGGAGGAGGAGAUUUCAGGGAAGUAAAAGGUAAAUAGCUGAGGGUAGUCAAGUCGUUGAAGACCUGAAUUCAAGUUCAGCCCAAGAUACUUACUAAUUGUGUGAUCCUGGAUAAGCCACUUAAUCUUUUAGUCUUAGUGCUAGCUUUUUAUUAUUAUUAUUAUUGUUAUUAUUAGCCUAAUUAGGAAUAGAACUCAAGUUUUUGAUUAUCAUUAGUCCAGAAUUAAUUUUUAAGCAAAGAAUUCCUUGUAAUAUGUCUUUUCCAGUUUUGAAAAUGUCUUCUCAGGAUUUUCUUGAAGUGGGGCAAACGCGUCUCUGUGUUAUCUAUAUAUAGGGUUGGAGUGGAGGAAGACAAAAAUGACAUGAAGUUAGUUUAAUGUAUGAAGUUUAGGAGUGAGGAAAUCCAGAAUAGCUCUUUACUCUUAGUGAUGUUGCACAAAUCAAUCAGAUUCUCUAGACUUCAGAUAUUUUUCUUUUAAAAACAAUAGCUUAUUAUUUUCAAAAUAUA